AUGGCUCCAUCAACUAAAGCUCAAGCUGCUAAAAAAGCUGUUGUUAAAGGUACUAAUGGUAAAAAAACCCUUAAAAUCAGAACCAACACUACUUUCCGUUUACCAAAAACUUUAAAAUUAGCCAGAUCUCCAAGAUAUGCUUCAAAAUCUGUUCCACAUUACGAAAGAUUAGAUUCUUACAAAGUUAUCGUUGCCCCAAUUGCUUCAGAAACUGCUAUGAAAAAAGUUGAAGAAGCUAACAUUUUAGUUUUCCAAGUUGAUUUAAAAUCAAACAAACAUCAAAUCAAAAAAGCUGUUAAAGAAUUAUACGAAGUUGAUGUUUUAUCUGUCAACACUUUAGUCAGACCAAACGGUACCAAAAAAGCUUAUGUUAGAUUAACUGCUGAUUAUGAUGCUUUAGAUAUUGCUAACAAGAUUGGUUACAUCUAA